CCCGGACUCCUCCCCGCGCCUCUUCGCCCAUCACCAACAUGGCCUCCGAGGCAACAGCCUCUCCUGCCCGGCGCAGACGUGGCGGGGUUAUGACGUCAUAGGACGGCGCCGGUAGUCCCAGAGACUGCACGUGGGCUCGCGUUUAGAAACUCUGUCCGGACCAUGGAUACGCCGCUGAGGCGCAGCCGGCGGCUGGAAGGACUAAAGCCUGAAUCCCCCGAGAACCCCAUCUCCGUUCUGCGGGCGAGACGGGCCCUUGUGGAGUUCGAGUCGAACCCAGAAGAAAGGAGGGAGCCCGGGUCUCCUCGGAGUGUGCGGCCACCUGGCCUGGAGUCUCCCAGACAUCAGCCGGAGACAAGCCCGGGAUCACCCAGUCUACGGGAGGGGGCAUGCUUGGGGUCUCCCCGAAAGCAGCCAGAGCCGGACCCAGGGUCGCCCCAGCGUCAGCGAGACCCAGGCCUGGAGUCGCCCCAAAGACAGCCGGAAUCGAGUCCUGAAUCCCUCCGACGGCAGCCAAAGCCAAGUGGGGAGUCACCAAAGUUUUCCCAGGACCGAGAAGAAGCGGAUUCGGAGUUGCCCAAGAGUAAGGAGGAGCCGACCGCGGGGUCCCCCCGACAUCAGUUGCAGCCGAGCCCAGGGUCACUAGAGCUUUCCCCCGGUCAGCAAGCGCCGGGUCCCGAGCCCUCUCAGCCACUACAGGAGCUGACACCCCAGUCGCCCGGCUCCCCACGGGAUCAGCGUGAGCCGAGCAAGCCCCCGCCGGCCGGGCAGCCGGAGAGAGACGGCCUCGGGCCAAAGAAGCGAGAAGGUUCUUCAGCCCAGGCCCCAGCGUCCAAGAAACCGAAGAAGGAGGAGGUUCCUAAAAUCCCGAAGGGGAAGCCCAAGUCUGGGCGGGUGUGGAAGGACCGCUCAAAGAAGAGGUUCUCCCAGAUGGUUCAGGACAAGCCCCUGCGCACAUCCUGGCAGCAGAAGAUGAAGGACCGGCAGGAGAGAAAGCAGACCAAGGACUUUGCCCGGCACCUGCAGGAGGAGAAGGAGCGGCGCCGGCAGGAGAAGAAGCAGCGCCGCGCCGAGAACCUGAAACGCCGCCUGGAGAACGAGCGGAAGGCGGAGAUCGUGCAAGUGAUCCGAAACCCCACCAAGCUCAAGCGGGCGAAGAAGCAGCAGCUGCGCUCCAUUGAGAAGCGCGACACGCUGGCCCAGCUGCAGAAGCAGCCGCCACAGCGGCCGGCAGCCAAGAUCUGAGCUCAGGAUGGCCGAGGCCUUCUGUGGCCAACCACCGUGUCACACACGGCAGCCCUCGGGCCACUGGCCACACGCCUCUGCUGACCCAGCACUCCAACCCCAUGGCUCCAAAACAGUGGCUCCACCCGAGACGGGGCUCUGAGCCUCCCAGAGGGCUCACAGGCAGGUCUUUGUGGCACAGAGACCCAGAGGUAGCCUGGGACCUGGCAGAGACUGGAGGAGGGAGGAGGGUCAGCUCUCCCCUCCCCCCCUCCCCUCCCCCGUCCUCUCUGAGUGCCUUCAAACCACGAAGAGUAAUUUCUGGUUCCUCAGGGAGCUGCUGACUGGCGGGUGAGUCCCCAAAAUAUGUAUGUUCUGUCUCAGAGUCCUGGGUCUAACCCAGGCCAGGAGGCCGGAAGUCAGGAAUCCACCCCCCCCCCCGACACCUCCCCAAAGGCUGCUUUGGGUCCCUCUGCAUCCCACUGACCCUGUCACCAAGCAGACUGAAUCCAGCUCCGCCCCACUUUUCAACACUUAAGGUUAAAAUGGGGAGGUUGCAGGGGGCAGGGUCUCUCUAGCUCCCCCUUUCCUGUACCAGACUCUGCAGAAGCCCCAGAGAUCUGAUUAACUCAUGCCAUCCAGUCUACAGCAGAAAUAUUUAUUGAACGCCUGCUGUGUACAGGCACAAUUCUAGGUAUCAGGGAAUACAGACAAAAGUCCCUGCCCUCAAGGAUCUUUCAUUCUGAUGGAGAAAACAUAAUAAACAAGUAAAAUGUACUGUGUGUCAGUUGGCGCCAAG